AUGGGAGUUGCGCCAGAGUUAGGACCAGAGCAUGAAAGGAUUUCAGAACAACAAGCCAGUGAGUUGUGUGCUUUUAUCGGAAUUGGUGCUCCGUCUGAUCAGGAAAGGCAGCAGCUUGAUUUCUCCAAUGGCAAGGAUUACUGUGCCGCCAAAACCCUCUACAUUAGCGACUCCGACAAGAGGAAAUACUUUGAGUUGUCUAUCCAGUUCUUCUAUGGAUGUGGUGUUGAAAUUGGGCUUUUUCUAUCUCAGAGAAUAAAAGUCAUCAGUAAACCGUCAAAGAAGAAGCAGAGCAUGAAGAACACCGAUUGUAAAUACCUAUGCAUCGCAUCGGGAACUAAGGUAGCGCUCUUCAAUAGGCUUCGUUCGCAGACAGUGAGUACUCGCUACCUCCAUGUGGAUAAUGGCGCAUUCCAUGCGAGCUCCACGAAAUGGGGAGCCUUUACAAUACACUUGUUCGAUGACGAGCCUACAGCUCCUGAAUCGGAGAACUUCACUGUCAAAGAUGGUUUUGUUUACUAUGGAUCGGUUGUGAAGCUGGUCGAUAGUGUGACUGGUAUAGCACUGCCUCGUCUCAGGAUACGAAAGGUUGAUAAACAGCAUGUGAUCUUGGAUGCGACGACAAAUGAAGAGCCAGUGUCACAAUUGCACAAAUGCGCGUUCCAAAUGAUCGACAAUGAGACUGUUUACCUUUGUCUCAGCCACGAUAAAAUCAUCCAACAUCAAGUGAGCUGA